AUGCAGCCGAAGGGCUUUGGGAUGCUGGGCUCCCUCCGCGCUUUGCCCUUCCUGGUUGGCAUGGCCGCCCUCCUGGGGUUCUUGCCGGUGCUUCACAGCCACGGCUUGGAGCCCCAGCACAUGAUGGCGACUCCGCCGUCUCAGAUCUAUCCCAAAAUCGUGCACGGGGCCCUCAUGGAGGAGAUCACCUCUUCACCCCCUGCCUCGCCAGACCUUCAUCCUGGGACUAAACAUCCCGCCAAUAAUUCCAUCGCUGGACAUGACAAGAAGCGAAAGAGUUUCCCGGUCCUGGAUGUGGACUACAAGCAUGUGCGGAAACCCUUCGAGAUUGCGCUCUGGAUCCUGCUGGCGUGCCUCAUGAAACUGGGAUUCCAUGUUAUCCCGACGAUUUCCAAUAUAGUUCCAGAGAGCUGCUUGCUCAUCGUGGUAGGACUGCUCGUUGGGGGGCUUAUCAAGGCCGUAGGAGAGGACCCCCCGAUUCUACAGUCGGAUAUCUUCUUCCUGUUCCUUCUCCCGCCCAUAAUCCUGGAUGCUGGCUACUUCCUGCCCUUGCGCCAGUUUACUGAGAACAUGGGCACCAUCCUGAUAUUCGCAGUGGUGGGAACGCUGUGGAAUGCCUUCUUCGUGGGCUCGCUGUUGUACGCCGUGUGCCAGAUCGACGUGACUGGUUUGGGCCACAUCGGCCUCUUGGACAACCUGCUUUUUGGCAGCAUCAUCUCGGCCGUGGACCCCGUGGCUGUGCUGGCUGUGUUCGAGGAGAUCCACAUCAACGAGCUCUUGCACAUCUUGGUGUUUGGAGAGUCGUUGCUGAAUGAUGCUGUUACUGUGGUCCUCUACCACCUUUUUGACGAAUACGCCACCUUUGACAAAAUCACCUUCACGGACAUCCUCCUGGGCUUCCUCAGCUUCUUCGUGGUGUCCCUGGGGGGCGUCUUUGUCGGGGUGGUCUACGGCAUCAUUGCCGCCUUCACCUCCCGCUUCACUUCUCACAUCCGAGUUAUCGAGCCUCUCUUCGUCUUUCUCUACAGCUACAUGGCGUACCUGUCAGCAGAACUCUUCCACCUUUCAGGCAUCAUGGCGCUCAUUGCUGCCGGGGUGGUGAUGCGCCCUUACGUGGAGGCCAACAUCUCCCAUAAAUCCCACACCACCAUCAAGUAUUUCCUGAAGAUGUGGAGCAGUGUCAGCGAGACCCUCAUUUUUAUCUUCUUGGGGGUCUCUACUGUGGCUGGGCAGCACCGCUGGGAGUGGACCUUUGUCAUCAGCACCCUGGUUUUUUGCUUGAUUGCCAGGGUCUUAGGGGUCCUUGGGUUGACCUUGUUCAUUAACAAAUUCCGCAUUGUGAAGUUGACCCCGAAGGAUCAGUUCAUCAUCGCCUACGGUGGCCUGAGAGGGGCCAUCGCCUUUUCCCUGGGUUACCUCAUAGAGAAGAAACACUUUGUGAUGAGAGAAAUGUUCCUCACGGCCAUCAUCACAGUCAUCUUCUUCACUGUCUUUGUGCAGGGGAUGACUAUCCGUCCUCUGGUGGACCUUCUAGCGGUGAAAAAGAAGAAUGAGACCAAGCGGUCGAUCAAUGAGGAGAUUCACACGCAGUUUCUGGAUCAUCUUUUGACUGGGAUUGAGGAUAUCUGCGGCCACUAUGGCCAUCACCACUGGAAGGACAAGCUGAAUCGCUUCAACAAGAAGUACGUCAAGAAGUGCCUGAUCGCCGGGGAGAGGUCCAAAGAGCCCCAGCUGAUUGCCUUUUAUCACAAGAUGGAGAUGAAGCAGGCCAUCGAGCUCGUGGAGAGCGGGGGCAUGGGCAAGAUCCCCUCGGCUGUCUCUACGGUCUCUAUGCAGAACAUCAAUCCGAAAGCCUUGCCUGUGGAACGUAUGCUUCCAGCACUCUCUAAAGACAAAGAGGAGGAGAUCCGGAAGAUCCUGCGUACCAAUUUGCAGAAAACCAGGCAGAGGCUACGAUCGUACAACCGGCACACCUUGGUGGCAGACCCUUAUGAGGAAGCGUGGAACCAGAUGUUGCUGAGGAGGCAGAAGGCUCGGCAGCUGGAACAGAAGAUAAACAACUACCUGACGGUCCCGACUCACAAAAUUGAUUCGCCGACUAUGUCAAGGGCACGGAUUGGCUCAGACCCCCUGGCGUACGACCCCAAGCCCGACUCGGAGAACCUCCCCAUCAUCACCAUCGACCCCGCCUCGCCACAGUCGCCCGAGUCUGUCGACUUGGUGAACGAGGAGGCCGUGAAAGGGAUGACCCGCCUCCCGCCGUCCCCGGAGGAGGACGAGGACGAGGAAGGGCUGGUGAUGCGGACCAAGGAGCCUUCCUCGCCGGGCACGGACGACGUGUUCACCCCGGGGGCCAGCGACAGCCCCAGCAACCAGCGGAUGAUGCGAUGCCUGAGUGACCCUGGGCCCAGGCCGGACCCUGAAGAAGGAGACCCCUUCAUCCCACAAGGGAAGUGAGGGCUAGGUGCGCUACUAGAUCCAGCCUGAAGGGGGAGCUUCCU